AUGUUCAGAAUUACUUCGAGGAUGAUGUUAGGUGGAGAGAGAAUAAGUGAUUAUGAUAUGAUCGAGAAAACUCUCUCCACUUUCCAUCCUGAAAAUGUAGUCCUACAACAACAGUACCGGGCGAAUGGAUAUACCCAUUACUCGGAGUUGAUGCAAGUCCUCCUUGUAGCGGAGCAGAAUAAUCAACUCGUGACUUUAAACCAUCAAGCUCGUCCCACUAGAUCUGCUCCAUUCCUAGAAGCAAAUGUUGCAUCAUCCAGUUAUGAUAAUAGGAGAGGACGAGGUCGUCGACGUGGUGGAAACCGUUAUCAUGGUCGUGGAAGAGGACGAGGAAGAAGAUUACGUCCCUAUGAUGAAAGAAAUAAUAAAGACUUCCACGAAAAUGAAAGGAAUGAAAAAGACCGGGAUGAUAAAAGGAAAACGGGAAAGGUUUGCUAUAGAUGCGGCAUGAAAGGUCAUUGGGGAAAAGAGAAAGGAAGAGGUGAAACAAACUUCAUCUCUGAUGAACCCGGACCAUCCUUUCAUGGUUUAAACGAUGAUACUCAUCUCGACGUAUCAGACUUUCUGGUUGAGCCAGAGAGUAUCGAUGAGUGA